AUCAAUUGAUGGCUUUAUCAGGAGAAAAGUAAAAUCACAUGAUUGGCAUUUCACCGCCUUCUACAUAUGUAGACGCGGUGCUCUUCGAUAUCCAACUCAAUAAUUGCCUUCCCGUGAGGGAUUCGACGUCUUGCGUUGACUAGUCAAAAGAAUCUCCGGUUCGAUACAUGGACCUCUGGCAAUUAUGAUGCCUCCCCGCGGGCCCGUAAAGGGUUCGCAUCUGAGGCAGGUGAGUGCGGCGAGCUUGGACACGCUGGGGACCUCUCGCUCGGUGGGAACAUCGCAUUAUGACCCGGCGUACUCGGGCGACGGAGGCUCAAUCAAGCAGCCUCCGACAGGUCUCAAUCGACGAUUAUGCACGAUAUGGGUUCACGACGAGAACUUCUCUCGUGAAGAGGUUCUAUUCAAUCAGGCGGCUUUCAGCGACACGGGUGUCAAAGUGGGUGAUGUGAUUGAGAUAUCACCUGUUCGGGGAACUACAGAUGCGUCCCACUCUCAGCUGAAGCCAGAGCUUGGCUCGAGGUCCCUCCAUGAGAGUAGUGCCGACAUCAACCAGAGCUCCGGCUUCCAUCCAAAAGGCAAGUUCCAGUCGCACACGCAAGGACGGUAUCUCUUCGUGGUCAAACCGGUCCCGCAAGAUAUCAAACUGCGCCAUUCGAAACUAGAGAUAUCGGUGACAAACAAUGUCGCCAAUAUCUUCGGUUUCAAGAACAGGUCACAGGUCCUUCUGUCAGUCGUGGAUCGUUCACAAUGUUCGGCAGCUCACGUCGACAUCGCUUUCCGCGACCAGUAUCUCGUCCGCUCGGACAUGUGGCGAUUGGUCAUGUCCGAACUGGUGGACAAGACCAUCUACAAGGGCCAGAAGAUCCUCUUUAUGGGAGGCAUCAAAGCGACUAUAAAAAACAUAUUCAUAAGAGGUAAAAAGGUCCUAUCGGGUUACUUUGCACCCAGCACGAUUCCUGUCUUCCGCAGCGAGUCAGCAAAAUAUGUUCUUUUCAUCCAAAUGUCACGAGAGAUGUGGGACUUUGACGCGGAGGGAACCGGUGAUAUCCUCUUUAGCCGCGUCAUCAAUGGCUUUCUUCCAGAGUUAUUCAAACGGUGGGCAAAUAUCGAAGCCAGACAUCUAGUCACCAUUGUGCUCUUCACCAGAGUCGAAUAUGACGUUACUCUCGAUCCUGGCCCUCCCGCGCUCAACACGGAGACAUUGAGAAGAAUUUCUGAUCCAGGCCGCGUGCCAACACGAGAUUUCUACCGCGUGGUGGUAAAUGACAUGGCAAGUGGUCAUUGGACCACUAUUCUCAAUGAGUUAAAGAAAGACUUCCGGACCUUCUUGAGGGAUGUGUCUGUUCAGACUGUUGAUAGUGCAGACACUCCAACAACAGCCGGUCAUAACGGGGCUAAUUCAGGCGAUGAGCCGAAGAAAACGAUUAUCGCUGGUCGACCCAGUACUUCUUUGCGUGGGAAUCUACUCGAGGCCAUCCAUUUUGCAUCCUCUCAUCUCGCAUACGACCACAUCGACCGCGAUAUGCUCCACACGGCCACCUCGAUCGUCGUAAUAACCCCUGGUACCGGAGUCUUUGAAGUCUCAUACGAAUCUUUAGCCUCGACAACCGAAGUGCUGACGAACUAUGGGAUCUCAAUUGAUCUUGUCUGCCUCAGUCCCAUGCCACUCCACUCGGUUCCCUUGUUUAAGUACCGUAGGCCAAAGGAGCGGCCUACAAGUUCGACCAUGGGAGAAACCCACAGCAACUAUUCGUCACCGGAACUCCGCUAUCAUGGCUCGAGUCUUAUGUCAAGAUCGUCACAUGUGUCCCCUCGAACCAGUGCACCUGGGUCAUUCAUUCGGCCGAUGUCCAGGGAGAGAAACCCGGACCAAUCCAAAGAGUGGUGUUUUGGCAUUCCUCAUUGGGUUGAUAUCUCUUUUUGGAACCCAAAAACAUAUAGAGAAGCUCGGAGCAUCGCUAAAAAUGACCCCAAUGCUCCCAUUCCUCAUACAGUCACGAAGCAAUCCAAGACGUUCGUACCGAGAGUUAGGUUGUACGAGAUUCAGAUGAUGGGCAUUAUGGAAAGCGAACAGUCAAAUAUAUCUAUCCCUUACCUCUCUGAGGGGCAUCGUGGUUUUGAUAGCAUGUCACAAUCUUUUGGCUCCGUUACAAGCGUUGUUGGCCCGCACGCGGCCAAAUUCUUGUUCUCGCCGAAUUCCUCAUACAAAGCACCCCUGAGCGACAGUCUUCGGCCGGAACCGUUUCUCCCAAACCUAGCCAACCCCAGGGAUAUGAUACUGCCUACAUCAACUAAAUACCAGAGGAAGGUACUUAACUGGAUGGACGAGUAUGAUGAUGCCGUCUUCCACCCAUCUCUUGAGUAUCGCCGCUCUCGGAAACAGCAAAAGUCAAGGAAGCUGAUUGAGCCAGAGGUCCAAAUACCUCGGGCUCAUGAUCGUCUUUCGGCCCGAUCAGUGACAAGUCUAAAAGAGCACGAGGAGAAUGCCCUGGAACGUUCCACCUCAUCACAUUCUAGCUCUCAGAAUCUGGAGAAAACGGGCGCACUUUCAGUAAGAUCGAAGAGUCCUGUUGCAACUAAGGAUGCUUCUCCUCGAAAGCCAGCUAUCAAGACAAGUUCGGCAGCUCGACCUUCACGCAUUUCCCGUACGAUUAGCUUCGCUUUACGUGGACUAGGAUCUGCUCCUCCAAGGGCUCAGGCGAGUACUGAGGUCAAUGCUGAACAUGCCAGGGCUACGCCCAUCUUGAACAGGAAGCAGUCCACUGGAGUGCUGUCCGAUACUAUGAGCGUCGGACGACCAUCUUCCUCUUCAGGAGAAACUGCGUCGCUAUCCAGUGCUACUGAAACACCCGAUAAACCAGUCACUAUGAAGAAAGCUAUUGAGAAUUCCGCUGUUACACCAUCACGACCGAUAUCUAUCAAGGUUGCCAGCAAGAAAAUACCGGAAGAACCGGAUACAGAGCGUUCUGUCAUAUCAAACUCAUUUUCCACGACAACAACGGAAGUGCCCUAUGGUCAGGGCAGACAGACUGAGACCACCGGCAUAUUUCCCAUGAAGAGAACAGGGCCUAAAGUGGAUAUCACCCUCAAUGCUGGCCCAGAAGAUGUAUCGACAAGCCAGUCUCCCAGCAAGGCGUUGGCUCCGUGGGUGCGCUCUAUAAAUCCCUCUAAUACUACAAAAGACACGCUACGCAAAGCUGGUUGGUUUGGUCGCUGGCAGCACGCCUACCCAAGGCCUCCACAUGUUGCCCUUGUUAAAUGGAAAAGUUUGAAAUCGCCUGCUGUCUUGCCGCUGACAACGGAGGAAUUUCCAACGAGUGCUGAACUAGCAUCUGACUAUCUACAAACACCAUACAGAGUCUUUCCGAAUGACGACGUCGAGGGAGAGGAACCCCCGAAGGGCAGAGACGUCCUUCUGCGCGAAAUGAUAUCACUACGCCUUUCGCAUGGCUUUCAGAUCAUCAUCGGAAGCGCUGUUGCAGAGGCUUGUGGCCAGUACGAGCUUGAAUCUUUGAAUGUUUUUGACUACCGUUCCCUCGGGAAAGAUGGUACAACCAUUUACCUUUCAAUGGGAAAUACCAUUCACCGGCUCGUCUGUAUAGCAGGUGGGGAGAUCGAGGUCACCAGGUUCACGCGUCGAACAUCAGCCGCUUUUCUGUCCGAUAAAGGACGUUGUAGGAUGUACAGGUAUGCAAUACGAACUUACCUGAGUACUAAAUACGACAUCAGGGAUGUGAACCUGGAGCCACUCAAAGAGGAAUACAACUGGAACUAUGCCGAUAAUUAUCUAGCCGGUCAUCGGGAUCUUCUUAUCAAUCCUACGCAGCAGCUUCGAUUUUGGAGGGUUCGCUACGUUCUGAUCCCCAUGCGACUGCCAGCUCACUCUAAACGUCACAUGCAAUCAUUCAAUGAAGAUAAUGAGGAAGAGAUCCAUCUUCUUGGAAUCAACCAGUUGACGCAUAUGUGGCAGCGGCACAAGUACGUACCGCAGGACGAGAAACGAUUCCAAAGUGGAGCACACAAGAAGGACCAGAACCCACUCAACAUCAUGUACCAGACCAGAAAUCCUUCUGAGGUUGUCGCUGCCGAACUUGACCGGAUAUUGCUCACUGACCCCGGGCUUGAUAAUCCGCCAGCACAACUGCUUCCCGACUCCGAACUGCUGGAGAGGUCUAGCGUAAAUUUAUCGUCCCUGGCACAGAUGAUACAGGGAGAUAAAGGUGUUCGCAUGAUGGACAGAAGAUGGCACUGGAGACUGCACUAUAACUGCUUCAUCGGGUUCGAGUUUACAACCUGGUUAUUACAAAACUUUCGCGAUAUCGACACGCGAGAAGAGGCCGUCGAGUUCGGUAAUGAGCUGAUGAAGCAUGGCCUUUUUCAACACGUCGAGAAGAGGCAUAAUUUCAGGGACGGCAAUUACUUCUACCAGAUCGCCAGUGAGUACCGGGUUUCAAAACCCGAGUCUCGAACGGGGUGGUUCCCUGCACCCAGGAAGCCGGAUAAAUCCGUCCCAUCAACACCAGUGAUCGAAAAUCCGAAGGACUCUCCUUCGGGAGGUAGGGCAAGGUCCGAAAGCACGGAUGAGACGGCUACAUCGACAUUGAAUACACCGUCUAAAUCUAAGUCGAAAGUGGCUAUCAUGCUUUCAAAGAGCAUGAAAUACGAUGUGGAUCCUAGGAAGCGAUCCAACCGUCCCGAAUUUGUGCACCUUCAUUAUGAUCGGCUGCACAACCCCGAAAAUUGCUUCCAUAUCGAAAUUCAAUGGCUGAAGACGACUCCAAAGCUUAUUGAGGAUGCAGUUGCGUCAUGGGCAUCGACUGCAGAGAAGUUCGGCCUUAAGCUCGUACAGGUGCCGAUUGCAGAAGCGUGUACUAUUCCUCAGACUCAACCUUUCAGAAAGCCGUACAGGAUACAGCUCAAAGUGAAGCCCCCCAAACCACCUGCUCCUACCAUCUACAAUACGACAUCGUUCACACAGCAAGGCACUCCCGACAAACACUACUACCAAAAAGCGCUCCUCAAGAAACUAGACUAUGUGCUAGACUUCGAAUCGUGGGAUUCGUAUCCCCCAGACGUUGAGGUUUCGUACUCAUGGGGAAAGCCCGACUUUCAUUACCCUCAAUAUAUCCACCGAUCAGGUCUCUCCAUUAUUCAGAUAACUGACGAAGGCGACUUCCUUUUUCUCGCCAACCGUCUGUACAGCACCAGAGCUAUCUUCGCACGGGAUGCAUCCCGACUCGACCGGAGCGACCGUCCAGAUCAAUACCGGCCACGAGCAGCCACUUUUGACCCCCUCGACCGUGUCUCUCCCCGCCCAUCCCCUCUCUUCCGUCCCGUCCCUGAAGGAAGUAGCCCCGCGAGCUCGUACUCUUCUCCCUGCAUUGAAUCUGCGAAUCUCGUCCGCACGCCAGAAAGCUUCAAAGACGAACUAGAAGAGUUCUGUAACGACGCUGCCAAACUGGAGCGAUUCUACAGCGAGUCGCAGGUACGAACCGUCUCGACAAGAGUCGGACCCGUACCGACACCGACAUUGGACUCAUCAAUCCCAUCCCUGGAACUUCCUGCAAGCGUCGUAGGUCAUCACAUCUCGCCACCAGCGACCUUUGGAUCUCGACAUCCAGGAGAAUCAGCGUCGUCGAACAACGACACCAGCGGAACAGGAACUCAGUACCGCGAACCUAAUACGAGUAGGACAGGAAGUCCCAGGAGUGGAUAUUUAGGUCCUGUACUUUGAAAACACGAAGUAAUCAUUUUUUUGUUUUUGGUUCCGAGCCCUUAAUUAGGAUAUAAGAACGAAUAAUAUAUGAAGAAGAAGAAGAUGAUGAUAAUAAUACAGGAUAAAUGACUUUCUAAAUUUCAUUACUAUGUCUAUUUGUCAAUGAUACUCGGCAUCACACAUUCCCCCCCUCCUAGGACCCAAAAAAAGGCAAAAGUGGCCAUUAAAAAUAAUAAUAAUAAUAAUAAUAAUAAAAGCAAUAGAACCCCCAAAAGCCGCUACUCGUGGCACUACUCUAGAAAGAAAAACGCUACCAGAUGUUUGAAUCCUGGAAUUACAAGAA